GAGGCUGAUGGCGAUCAUCGGUGCCUUGUCGUCUGCGCUCUGAUCGUCACCGUCGUCGCGGUGGUGAUGAUGACCAGUGAAUCAACGGGCAGUACAACUGGCCAUGACGACGAUGGCCUAAGUGGUGGCGGCGACAGUGGUCGUGGUCAAGAAGAAAUCGUCAUUCCGGUCUACGACACACUGCGGACUCCGUCAACCACUACCGCGGAUACGCAGCAUAUCACCUCAACGACAGCUGGUACACGGCACACACGGCACACCAGCCCAUUGACGGUGUGCACCGUCACGGAUGGUCCAGAACCCUUGUACUUCCCGGAUGAUGGCCUCUGCGACUACGUGUUUUUCGAAUCGCUGGUACUGACUCCCGGAAGCAACGAUUUCUCGGUCGCGGGACAGAGCUCCGCCGUGCAACGCUUCGUCACUCAGGGGCAGGUUGGCCAGAAGACACGAUACGGCAUGUCCGUGUCCUUCAGUGAUGCUGAGAAAUUCGGCAACACCUUCCGCACACCCAAGGCUAAGGCGGAUUACGAGAGCUACUGGACAUUCGGUGUCUACGACUGGGGCUUCCUCUCCAUCGACGAGCUCCAGAUUGAAGCAAAGCACUCCGUCGACGACUUCGCACAGACCGCGAGCCUCGCGCUGGCCGCCCUCAAGGAGAUGCAAGAACACGCGCUGUCAAAAAGUGUCCAGCGGCCCCACAUGUUUUGGGGAAUCUACCCGAGGUCCGAACCAGUCUGCGCCGCAUUGUCACAGUCCAUCAAGACGACCUUCACGCCAACUGGUAUUGUUGUCUUGGGGCACUUGUCCUACAGCGACGAUACCAGGUCUGACUGCGUCAUCAUGCCGCCCGUGAACCACGCCGACCCACGCACUCAGAAACCCGGCAUCGCCUACGGCCACAGCAUGCGUGAUGCCAUGCAUGCUCUGGAGUGCCUCUGGAACCACGACGUCCGCACCAACCUGUUCCUAUCCGUCACCAUGCAAGCGCGCCGGUACAAGCUUAAAAGCGACAGCCAGGGACAACCGUGGAUCUACAGCGACUGUGGAGCAGGCCAGUACGAACAACGUGUCACGGCUCAGGAGGUCUGUGACUACCCCCAUUCUGGGUACAGUACCAACAUCAACUACGAUGGCGGGUUCCUGUCCGGGAUCACUUAUGACGAGGCGGACGGUUUCGCCAUCACGUUUGAAAACCGACUGUCCUUACGUGACAAGAUCUGCGAGGCCUGGACUCUCGAAGCAACGGGCAUAGGGGUCGGCUUGGCCGUGUACGACGUCAACUACGACCACAGGUCCACGAUGUGCGACCCCAUCUGGAUCAACGGGACCUGGGCGCGGUUCCGCUCUCUCUUGAGGCUACGUGACUACCUCCAUCAGGACGAGCCCGUGGCUAACAUACUCCAAGAUUGCUUCAACGUCACGUGAUUGACGGCGCACGUAGGGACGAGUUGGAAAAUAAAAGAUCG